GGACUGUUCGCAUACAUAUAUAAGAUAUAUAUAUACAUAUAUUUUGUUCCUCUUUCAUGCUGGUAUGGUUCGACUGCCUGUCGAACAUUCCUAUCGCUCGUUAAAUAUUAUUUCUUAUAUUUCUCCAUUUCUCCGCCUGUCAAGUUAUCUAACUGUUUACAAGCAUCCUCUUAGGAAUUCAUACUCUCUUUUAAUAUGAAUGAAAAAGUUCGUAAAAAUCUUACCCAGUGAAAAUUUUUAAUCUCACGCUAUUACGUCGUCCGACUUCCGUAUCUACCAAACUGAUCUGUCAGGUUUAUCUAUGUACAUUGAUGAAAGGAUUAGUUUUUUUUUCUUGAUUGUUUCGAUUUGUACAUAGGAUGGAAACGAUUUAAACGAUGUAUCGUGUGUAAUAAUUGUCAGUGUCGAUAUUUACAAGAGCUUACCAGAUUAUUAAUAUCUGGUAUUCGUUCGCGUCUAGUUACGAUAAAUCAACAGUUCAUUCAUAGUUAUUCCUACGAGACCCGUUGACUAGGUGGUCUCGAAAGAAAGCCUGUUCUAUAACGAUCGCGACGAAAUAAAAGAAAUUUUGUUUGAUCUACGUGCUUUAUGUUGUCGGAUGUUAUGACCCUCGACGUUGGAGAAAUAUAAGACGAAAAAGGAAAGAAAGAAAAAAAAAAAAUGAAAAAAAAAGAAAAAGAAAGAAAAAAAAAAAAGAAAUAUACUAAAAAAUGAACUCCCGCAUUUUUACGUUUAAUGAGAUUUUGUAAAGAUCGAAUCGCGAAGUGAAAAACAAGAUGAAAAGUGACGAAAUAACGAGUCGCUUAAUGAAACGUCGUGUGUAUCCGAUCAGAUUUAAAUCUUGUAUUAAAACGAGAGCUCUCGGUCGCAUGGCCGAUGCUCGAACGUGGACAAAGGACUCUUGCACCAACGCCAAGAGCUCUGGUCUUCUGGAAAGAAAACAGGCGCGAGCUUGCAGGGCAACUCCCGAUGUAAUGCCUAGUCUGGUCCAAGCCGCGAGGGAUACUUCGAUCGUUUGUCAACAAGCAUUUAGACAUCGUCGUUGGAAUUGUAGUAGCAUCGAGGGUGCUCCUAAUUAUACUCCCGAAUUACUAACAGGAACGAGAGAGCAAGCAUUCGUUUAUGCGAUGUCGGCGGCAGCGGCUGUCUGGAGAUUGGCAAGGGGUUGUGCAUUAGGCAACUUAGCGGCUUGUUCCUGUGCAACACCACCAAGAAAAGAGCCACCUUCUCCAUCUGCCUUGGUAUCUUCCUCCUCGCUAGCAACGGCAACUAUGUCAUUUGGUGGACUAACCGGUAGGAAUACAUUCAAGUGGGGUGGUUGCGGUGACGACGUUAGAUCUGCCUCGAGAAUGGCCAAAAGAUUUCUUCAGGGUGCGACUCCUCCGGGUACCGGACCAACAGCCAAAUUUUUGCACGCCGUUAAUAUGCAUAACAACAGAGCUGGACGAAGAGCAGUGGAGCAGUCAUUAACUUUGGAGUGCAAAUGCCACGGUGUUUCCGGUUCUUGCAGCGUCCGUACUUGUUGGAGAGGUUUAGGUUCUUCCGGUCCUUCCGUAGCCGGAACUCGUCUUCUUCGAAGGUAUGCCACCGCCGCCGAAGUUAAACCUAGAUCCGGUGGUAGGCUGCCACCUCUCUAUCAUCACGAUAAUCUAUUGUAUACCACCAAGAGUCCAGAUUAUUGUCUUCCGGACAAGAAAAGGGGUAGCCUUGGAACCAUAGGCAGACAAUGUAAUGGCAGUAGCACGGGUUACGAGGGUUGCGAGUAUCUUUGUUGCGGUCGAGGUCACGUUACGAGAACCGAAGAGAUUCUCGAAAGAUGCAAUUGCAAGUACAUAAGUUGCUGCUACGUCAAGUGCAAGACAUGUAGAAGAAUCGUGGAGACAUACGAGUGCAAUUGAACUAUCGGAUCUUACAAAAGAUUACGAAUUAAUCUCUUUUACGAGAUAAUAUUAUUUAUGCAUUUUUCUGCAAUAUUUAUUACGUACCGUGUCUUUUAUGUCGUUGCUUAGACGUAAUAUAGUUAAUAUUAAUAUAGGCACGACUAAUUUUUCUAAUCGAAACGGUAUAGAGAACGAUUGUAUUUCGUGUGUACGUAGAAUUGUCAUACGUAUAUUUGUAUUUGAUUUAAUUGGUCCGUAUAAUUAAAUAUUCUGUAUAAAAUUAGAUAUCGUGUAGCGAAAUGAUGCGAUAAAUGAUAAGUAUCAUUUUAGUAUGUCGAUAAGUAUAAUAUCGUAGCUCGAAAAUACUGUAAAUAGAAUGGAGCAUGCGCGCUCGCGCGAUUUUCAUGUUUUACGUUAGAAAUAUCAAUCUGCAAAAUAAAUAACAUUUUAUUAGGUG